AUGGGCAUAGUCGAUCAGCAAAGCAAUCCCACUCACCAAGCCAUUGGAGAGCGAACUAUUAUUCUGAAUGACCCUGUCAAGAACGGUGCUCAAAAAUACCUUCACAAUUCCGUCACUACUGGAAAAUACACAUUGGUUACCUUUCUACCCAAGUUCCUGUUUGAGCAGUUCUCCAAAUAUGCCAACUUGUUCUUCUUGCUGACUGGUACUGUUCAGCUUAUUCCUGGCAUUUCUCCAACAUCUCGGGUCGGUACUAUCUUGCCGCUAUCUGCUGUAUUGAUUCUGUCUGCCGCAAAAGAAACUGUAGAAGAUAGCAAGCGUCAUCGUCAGGACGCUGAAAUUAAUGCUCGUCUUUGUAAAGUAUUGCAUGGUACUGCAUUCGUUCCCAAAGCCUGGCGCGAUAUUGUUGUGGGAGAUAUUGUUCGUGUCGAAAAUACCGAAUACUUUCCUGCAGAUCUUGUUGUCUUGAGUUCUUCAGAACCCGAUGCUCUUUGCUACAUUGAAACCAGCAAUCUAGAUGGUGAAACUAAUUUGAAAAUUCGUCAGGGUAUUCAGGAGACCGCACAUUACUUGUCUCCUGAUGCUGUAGCCUCCAUGAAUGGCCACAUCAAAUCUGAAUUACCAAACAAUAGUUUAUAUACGUUUGAAGCUACUCUUAAUUUGAAUGGCAAAGAAGUUCCAUUGGAUCCUUCUCAGCUUCUCCUUCGUGGUGCCCAAUUGCGUAAUACCCGGUGGAUCUAUGGCAUUGUUAUCUUCACUGGCCACGAGACUAAACUUAUGAAAAACUCAACCCCUACUCCUAUCAAGCGUACCAAAAUGGAGCUAAUUGUUAAUAUCCAGAUUCUUGUUCUGUUUAUACUGCUUGCUAUCAUUACCAUCUCUUGCGCUGCUGGACAACUUGUUCGUCAGUUGAAUGGCUCGUUUGAAUUGGAGAUUAUCAGGAUGAAUAGAAAUAAUUCUUCCACUGAUUUUGGCUGGAACAUUUUAACCUAUUUGAUUCUGUUUAAUAAUUUAAUCCCUCUCAGUUUGAUUGUCACCAUGGAGUUUGUCAAGUACUCACUGGGUACUUUGAUCAAUGCCGAUCUGGAUAUGUACUAUGAAGAGAAUGAUACUCCUGCCACUGCUCGCACCUCGUCUUUGGUUGAGGAGCUUGGCCAGAUUGACUAUAUAUUUUCUGACAAAACCGGCACGCUCACUCGUAAUAUCAUGGAGUUUAAAAUGGCUUCCAUUGCCGGUAUUGCUUAUGCCGAGACCGUUCCAGAAGAUAAACGUAUGCGAAUAGACGAGCAUGGGCAGAUGAUUGGCUACUAUGACUUUAAAACGCUGAUUGAACAUCGUGACAAGCACGAAAACUCGAAACUGAUUCGCGAGUUUCUCACCAUGCUUUCCGUGUGCCAUACUGUCAUUCCUGAAGCGGAUGAAACCAAUCCAGGAAAGAUUACCUACCAGGCAUCGUCUCCAGAUGAGGCUGCAUUGGUAGAUGGUGCUAGUUCGUUGGGAUAUUUGUUUCAUACUCGCCGUCCCAAAUCAGUAACUAUUGCUGCUGUAGGUGAAAAUAUGGAAUAUCAGAUCCUCAAUGUCAACGAAUUCAAUUCAACUCGCAAGCGUAUGUCUAUUGUUGUCCGUGAUCCAUAUGGCAACAUCAAGUUGUAUAUUAAGGGUGCAGACACUGUUAUUUACGAACGUCUUUCUGCCAGUGACCAUUUUGGCGAAGCCACUUCCAUUCAUUUAGAGGAAUACGCCAAUGAGGGUCUUCGUACUCUUUGUUUGGCAUACCGUGAUGUUCCCGAGGCGGAAUACCUUGCAUGGGUCAAGAUUUACGAAGCCGCUGCCAACACUAUCAAUAAUCGUGGUGACGCACUGGAUCGUGCAGCUGAAUUGAUUGAAAAGGAACUCACAUUGCUGGGUGCUACUGCCAUUGAGGACAAGCUUCAAGAUGGUGUGCCCGACACUAUUCACACUCUCAUGGAGGCUGGCAUCAAGGUGUGGGUUCUUACUGGUGAUCGUCAAGAAACGGCCAUCAACAUUGGGUUUUCUUGCAAACUUGUCACCUCGGAGAUGAAUAUUUUCAUUUGCAACGAAAUCACUCAUGCCGCUACUAAGCAAUACCUCGAGCAGAAACUACAGUUGGUCAAGACUAUUAUGGGAACAAAUUAUGAUCUCGAACCACUUGCUUUUGUCAUUGACGGAAAGACUUUAACUUUUGCUCUUGAGGAUGACAUCAAAGACAUUUUCCUUGAACUUGCCAUGAUGUGCAAAGCUGUUAUUUGCUGUCGUGUUUCUCCCUUACAAAAGGCCUUGGUUGUUAAACUUGUUCGCUUUGGUGUAACUGAAUCUGUUACGCUUGCUAUUGGUGAUGGUGCCAACGACGUGUCCAUGAUCCAGGCGGCCCACGUUGGUGUGGGUAUCAGUGGUAUGGAAGGUCUUCAGGCUGCCCGUGCUGCAGAUUUUGCCAUUGCUCAGUUCCGUUUUCUACGAAAGCUACUUCUUGUUCAUGGUGGCUGGGCCUAUGCUCGUGUCAGCAAAGUUAUUGUGUUUUCUUUUUACAAAAACAUUACGCUUUAUAUGAUUCAGCUUUGGUUUGCUUUGAUGAAUGGCUUUUCCGGACAAACUCUUUUCGAAACAUGGUCGUCUGUCUCGACAUACAACGUUGUCUGGACAAUCCUUCCGCCCAUUGCUAUUGGUGUCUUUGACCAAUUUGUAUCUGCUCGCGUUCUUGAUCGUUACCCACAAAUGUACCAGCUUGGCCAACGAAACUCCUUUUACAAUCAUACAAUCUUUUUCGGAUGGCUGUUCAACUCCUUUGUCCACUCUGCUGCCAUCUUCUUUAUCUGGAUGUAUAUUCUUGGCGACUCUGACACACUCAGUGACGGUCGCGUCGUGGAUAACUGGACAUUUGGGUCUAUGGUUUAUGCAACCAACCUGCUUACUGUCAUGAUCAAAGCCUGUCUGAUUGCUGACCACUGGGUCAAGGUCACCUUUAUUUCCAUCUUUGGAUCGUUUAUUGCUUUCAUGAUUCUUUUCCCACUCUACGUUCUCAUCAAUCCAGUUACCUCGCCUGAGUUGAGAAAUUUGAUUUAUCCCAUGUUCACUAAUGCCAACUUGUGGUUAGCGCUUAUUCUUAUUCCGGUCGUCGUAAACCUGCGUGAUCUUGUAUGGAAGUACUACAAGCGGACUUAUAGUCCAAGAACAUAUCACAUUGCUCAAGAGAUUCAAAAGUACAACAUUCCCGAUUACAGACCUCGUAUGGAGCGUUUCCGCAAAGCUGUACACAAGAUUCGUGCUAUUCAGCGUGUGAAACGAACCCGUGGAUUUGCCUUUUCACAAAACGAAGGUGGUCAAGCAUCACUUAUUCGUCAAUACGAUACUACCCGUCGCAAGCCUCAGGGUUAAACCCUUGUGGUUUAAACUGGAUGGAAUGUUUUUUUUAUUCACACCCAUUGAGUCGUAUAGAUUCAGACUACUUUGCACUCUUUUUUAUCACCUCUUCGAUUAUUUCACUCCUCACUUUGAUUAUUUCACCCAUGCUACGUUGAGAUUAAUAACACGCUUUUGAUAAAACUUU